UGCUAGAACCGUGACUAGAAAUUACGGAACUUAAAACAUGUUCUCGCCUGGGGUUUCAUCGUGAAUCCAAUCUUCUUCCUCCAUUGAAGUUGAAGACCGCCCACGACCAGACCUCAACACCGAUCACGAUCAGACCUCCUCGCUCUCCCCAUGGCAUCUCUUCUGUUCGGAUUUGGAGCUUCAGUUUCGGGUUUUCGUGUACUGGAUUCGACCUUACAUUUGCCAACCUGAUUGGAACAUCUAUGUAUUAAUCUUCUCAUUCCCUUUGAAGGUUUUCGGAUCAUUCCCUGUAUUCGACCAGUACUUGGGCAAUAACAAGUAUCAGCUAAAGGAGAAAGGUGAGGAACCUUUAAGGGUUGAAAUGUUCCUAUUAACACAUACAAAAAAGCGGUCAGUUUUGUGAGAUGCUUGGCUUGUUGUCUUGUUUCUCCCCAUAAUAGAGGAUGAUUUAUACCUGAUGACCAUCACAAAAAGGGAGAUAACAACAUGUCUAUUUCCCAGAGGAAGAUUAACUUGAGAAGACAACGCAACAACCACUACAACGGGGAGAGAGAUGCCUCUGCUACAUCAUGUAGAAUGGACUCCAUCCCUGUUGGGCUGUCUGCUAAGUGCAUGCACGAGGCAACGAUCAAUGAAUGUAGGGUGUUCAAUCCAUGCCCACAUCAUCAAACGACGAGGUUGGUGGAGUUGGGACUUAUAUGUGCAUAACCAUCUCUUGAAUCUCUACGUGAAAUGCCACAAGUUGGAGUGGGCGCACCGCUUAUUUGACAUAAUGCCCAACAAGAACACUGUAUCUUGGACGGUGCUCGUAUCAGGAUACGAUCAGUGCAAGAGAUCCCACACUGCCCUUCACCUUUUCUCACUGAUGCUAAAAGACCCGGCUUCUCCUCCCAACCAUUUCACUUUUGCUAGUGCCCUCUGUGCAUGUGCCAAGCAAGAAUGCUUAUCCUUGGGAAUGCAACUCCACUCCCAUGUGUUUCAGAGAGGCUUCCUUGCCCAUGUUAUGGUCUCCAAUGUUCUCAUCUCUCUCUACAUGGCUUGCAGGCAAGUUGUUAAAGCUGAGGUAGUUUUUCAGGAAAUUCUUAAACCUGACCAAGUCUCUUGGAACUCGCUUGUAUCCGGUUUAUCACAGAACAACCUCUCUCAUGUUGCUCUUGACAAGUUCCAGAUGAUGAGAAAAUCAGGUUUGGGAGCAACUUGUUUUUCUCUUUCUGCCGCCAUUGCUGCCUGCUUGGACGAUGAGGCAGACCUAAAGAGACUCCAUGGACUCGCAAUUAAGACAAAUCUGAAUUUGGACAGUUACAUAGGUUGUGCUAUGAUAAGAAUGUACUCAAAGUUCAAUAGCAUGGAAAAUGCCAUGGAGGUUUUUGCAAGUUUGCGCUUAGAAGACGUCGCCUCUUGGAACUCCUUGAUUGAGGGGUAUGCAGAAUGUGAUCAGAAAGAAAAGGGUUUGCAGGUUUUUGCUGCGUUCCUGGAAUCUGGACUAGAACCAGAUGAUAUCACCAUCACCUCAGUUCUAGGCAUCUGUGCCAACCUGGUCAUGCUUGACUAUGGCAGGCAAAUUCACUCGUUAAGCAUCAAAACUGGCCUAAAGGGAAGAAUCCGAGUAGAGAAUUCCAUAAUCCAUAUGUACCCCAAAUGUGGAAGUAUAGAAGAUGGUAUUAAGUUUUUUAAUUUCAUGAAACAGAGAAGCCUUGUGUCGUGGACAGCGAUGAUGGGAGGAUUGGCCCAACAUGGAAGAGCAGAGGAGGUUAUCCAACUUUUCCACGAGAUGAAUAGAGAAGGGCUGAAGCCUAACAAAGUGACUUACACCUGUGUUCUAUCUGCAUGCAACCAUGCAGGGCUUGUGGAUCUUGGGUGGAGCCUAUUUGAGUCGAUGGAAAUCGAGCCUGACAUUGACCAUUUCAUCUGCAUCGUGCAUAUGUUGGUUGGAGGAGGAAGGUUUAAAGAGGUUGAGGAGUUCAUCCAAAGAUCCUCAGCAGAGCAUAGGAAUUCACUAUGGCUAACUUUUCUAGUUGCAUGUAAAAAUCGUGGUGAGUGGGUCCAAGGAGCCAGUGUUGCAGAUAAGAUGAUGACAGUUGGUUUACCUAGUGAGCCAUUUGUUCUAGUGCUGUUUUCAAACAUAUUUGCCGCUGCUGGGAGGUGGGAUGAGGUUAGCAAGUUGAGGGAAGAGAUGCAGAUCAAAGGGUUGAAGAAGGAACCUGGUUGCAGUUGGCUUGAAAAAGAAUACUUCUCGGUGCCUGAAGAUGAAAGUACUGCUCAAGCAUCAUAAGUUGAGAUCUUCACAGAAUCUGGGAGUAGUGCAGUUCCAAGUACAAUGGUUGGGUUUGACAUUUCUGCUGUUGGGCAUAAGAGUGAGAUGGUAAAUCUACAAGUUCCACCUACUUAAGCCACUACAAAAUGAAAAUUAGCAAAUGAUGGUGGCCCUGCAACAUCAAGAACUGUUGCUUCUGCUUGACAAUCUGCUACCAUAUAUCUAUGGUCCAGUCUAAAGGUUUGCGAGGCACAAAAUGAACAGUUGCAGUGGCCCCUACUUUGAGGUCUAACAAGAAAGUCUCCAGCCUUGUGGACGAGGGGAAAUCUGCCAAAGAGUUGUACGAGGAUGAGGAAGAUGAAGCUGUAAAUGCUUAUCAGUUGUUAGAAAGGAAGCAACAAAAUGAAAUUAAGCUGUGUUCAGGUGUAGUCCCCUCUUUUUGUCUCCCUAACUGCUGCCCUGUUGAUGCUUCCUCACACAGUCCCUCUUCUGGAUAGAGAACUCUUGCCCAAGAAAAAUGUUUGUUGUUCAUUUUUGUUUACUUGCUAAUGAUGAAAUGAUCAAUAGCACCUAAACAUUAUCCAAUCAAAUCACAAUCAUUUCUAUGAAUUCAGACUAGAGGUGUAAAUAGGUAAUUGAAAUUCGAAAUGGAAUCCAGCUACGACAUUUUUAUGCAGA